GAGUUGAUGAGAAAAAAAAUUCUUCUCGGCCUCGGCCAGCCAUGAGCUGUUUGGAUGUUAUGUACCAAGUUUACGGUCCUGGCCAGCCCUACUUCGCAGCAGCCUACAGCCCCUACCACCAGAAACUCGCCUUUUACUCCAAAAUGCAGGAAGCCCCGGAGAGCGGCAGCAGCGCCAGCGCCGGCAGCUCCUUCUCCAGCCACCCCGCGGCCAGCAUCAAGGAGGAGGACUGCAGCCCCGAGAAGGAGCGACCCCCCGAGGCCGAGUACAUCAGCUCCCGCUGUGUCCUCUUCACCUACUUCCAGGGGGACAUCAGCGCCGUGGUGGAUGAGCACUUCAGCCGUGCGCUCAGCCAGCCCAGCAGCUUCUCCCUCGGCAGCGCGAAGGCGGCGCGGAACGCCGGCUCCUGGCGGGAUGGUUCCUUCCCAAUGAGCCAGCGCAUCUUCCCACCAUCCUUCUGGAACAGCACGUACCAGCCCUCCUCGGUCCCGGCCAGCCUGAGCAGCCCCCUUGCAGCUGCAGCCCACAGCGAGCUGCCCUUCGCCGCUGCCACCGACCCCUACGCGCCCACCUCUCUGCACGGCCACCUGCACCAGGGCGGCCCUGAGCCCUGGCACCACGCCCACCACCACCACCACCACCACCACCACCACCCCUACAUUGGGACACAGAGCACUGCCUACCCCCGCCCCAGUGCCAUGCACGAGGUCUAUGGGCCCCACUUCGACCCCCGCUACGGCUCACUCCUGGUGCCCACCGCCUCCGUCCGCCCCCACCGCCUCACCCCCGCCUCCGUAUCCACACCAGUCAGCCCCCCCUGUGAACUGGGCAAGAGCGAAGCGGGUGCUGCCGCAGCCUGGACGACGCCGGGCCCCUUCCCCAAUGCAUCAGGAGACAUGGCACAGAGCAUUGGCCUCAAUGUGGACACAGGUUUGCAACCUCAGGAUAAAAGCAAGGACCUGUACUGGUUUUAGAGCUGUCCUUCAAUCCUCUUCCCCUGGCUGUCCCCUGUAGCUCUCUACCCGUUAGACAUGGUGGCAUUCAGAGCUGAAAUCGGGUCAGUUUGUAACAGCUUCUGAUCUUGGUUUGCAGCUCGCCGUUACUCCUUCUGUGGUGGAUCCCUCCUGAGCUGAUGUGCUGACUCAAAGACUCUCAGAUCCCCCCUUGCCCUUUUCCAAGCCCACCAUGGCCCUGCUGCUCGGGGAAAGACAACGGGAUUUAAAAGGAGCUGGCAUUGCAAGGGUGAUACUUUAGACCUUUUUCGGAAAGGAAAGCCGUUCUGUUGCAAGAGGAGAGCCAAAGACAUUGAACUCCUGUUUAAGCAGACCCCACAACCAGACCUGCAGCCAGACUACUCUGAAAGAGACAAACGACAUCAUGGAUGGUGAUGCAAAACCACUGGCCUUCAUACAGGCAACAGAGGAAAUUGUGGGGGGAUUUUAGUGGUGUGAAUAUUUUUAUAUGGCAGUGAAAGUAAUUUCUUGAAUGCAACCGUGGGAAAGCUAAUCAGUGUUUUUGAACUGGAUUUUUAUUUUGCAUUAUAGAAAAGUAAAAGGAGAAGAAACUGGAACUCAUGAACAUUUUCGGACUACCAAGAAACUGGUCAAAUUUUUUGACUUUGUGGUUGUGAGUGGCAAGUGUCUGAGUGGGGCCACCUGCCCUGGACUUACAGAUAUGCAGCUGUUCCCCUCACAACUGCUUAAAUCCCAGAAAGACGAAAACCAAGGUGGCACUUCUCAGAGUUUGGCACAUUUGCAUUGGCUGUGUAACAGUUGUUUGGUUGGGGGUGGGGUUGUUUGUUUGGUUUUGUUUGGAUUUUUGGGUUUUUUCCUUUUUUUCUUUUUUUUUUCUUUUUACAAUAAACAUUUUCUGGUGAACGUUAAACCCUCUUAAAGCAGGGGGAGAAAGGAAUCCGAUGAAGAAUGGCUCACCUCCAACCCAACCCCCUUUAAAGGGAACACCAGAGCAAAGAGCACAUGAUGGACAUUAGUUCUGAGUUGCCUCUAACACUUCCUUUUGUCUACUUGUUGCUGUAAUUUUGCCACUUUAGUAAUUGUUUUGUUUGGGGUAUUUUGAAAGAGGGAGCUAGAUAUUUAACAGUAGCCAAGCUGUAUUAAAAGUAUCUCCUUCUCUCACCCUGUGUACUUUAAUGAAGAAUUAAAGCUAAGUAAGAGAAAUGAAGCAAACUGGAAACUUCAGGAUGAAGCAGAAAACAUAUCUCCCACGUGGAUGAAGUGAGUUAUUUUAUACUUUUGCAUGAAAGAUAUAUAGAAAUUCCUAACAGCUGAAAAUAUUUUCUUGAUGAGUAAAACACACAGAGAUAAAUAUAAAAGAUAGGAAAAUAUAAGACCAUUGCUGUGUUACACUUUAGAGUAUGGUGUGUCUGUAAGAUUGGUUAAAGUAAGGGAGCUGCUCCAUAUUUCUUCUGCAAGAAGAGGUGACUGUAGCAUAUAGAAUUACUAUUGCAGUGGUAAAUUAAAAUGUUACUACCUGGUGAUGAAUAAUUAAUGAAACAAGGCAGAAAUGGCACUUACCCUACACUUGAAAGCUGACUUUUUUAUAGACAAAACAUCUGAUCCCAAUACUACUGUGUUUUGGUUUUUUUCCUGUUUUGUUCUGUUUUGUUUCAUUCUUUUUCUUAAUGUAAUGUCUUUAAAGUUGACAAAUUUUAAAGCAUAUAGUAGGAAAUUCCUAACAUUAUCCCCUGACACUGGCAGAAGCAGUAGAAAAUGAAUUUUUGUGCUGUGAUGAGAGUUUUUACCUUUCAAAUUCUUAUAUUGUUCAUCGUGUGUCAGAAGUGGAUUUACGAAUAACCCAAAUUUGCUUCUCCUGGGUUUGGUGAUAACUCCGUUUCUGGGAAAGAAUAGGAAUCCUAACAGAAAGAAUUUGACAAAGCAGUGCAAGUACAUACUGCGAGAAACUGAUCAGGAGCACCCAUGGCCAGAGCUUAGCAAAUGGCAGGGGGGACUUGCCAUGAUUCCUUCAGCCAGACAAACCAAUGGGCAUUUUUCUCUCAGCCUCCAAAUAGCCAGAGCCCAGACAAACUGCAAAGGGCAAGAGAACGACCCCAGAAUUUACACUAUUUGUUAAACCAAAAACAUUCCCAGGUGUUUAUCAAGGAAGAAGGCACCAGCUUUUUGCAGAGGAAAAGUAACUGAAAAUGGUAUUUAACUGCAGGAGCUUAAAGUUAGCAGGGUCAUUUAAUGAGCAUUUUCCUGAGGGCUUUUUCAGGCUGUUUAUAAGGCUUUGGUUUGUUUUUGUUUUUUUAAAAUAUAAAUCUGAGUCUAUGAUUGAUUGUGCUUCA